GAGUCUCCGCUUUCUUGAUCCCUUCGCUCGGUUGGUGGAAACUAGAGGAACGGAACAUUCCCCGGUGACCAACACAAAUUCCAAUUUCUCUAGGAAUGCGAGUUUCAUUCCGAGAAUCUUUCGAAAGUACUCCCAGCAUAUCAAGAAGCACCUAAUGGGUUGGAGGCAACAGAAAUCAGUGGCUAUAGAAACACUUGGUCUGAGUCUAGUAGUCUCAGAAGUAAAUAUGAAGAACAUAAGAAUGUGUUCUAAUCCCCGCCUCUUGUAAGCCCAUUCUUCCUAUUAUCUUAUAAUAUUGCUUGUUAUUCAGUCACUCGCUUCUCCUCGUUUCGUUUUUCACCUCCUUUGCUUCUUCAUACAUGUGAAAAUAGUCAAAAAUGGCAACCUCAUCACUCUUUUUGAGAUGCCUUAUCAUCUCCAGUUUCAUGACUACCAUUACAGCACUUACAGGAUACCAGUUAGAGGAGAGCUAUAGUGGUAACAGCUUUUUCGAUGCGUUUGAUUUCUUCACAGACCCAGAUCCGACUCAUGGUUUUGUUACGUAUGUGAGUGAGAGUGCUGCGUCUCAGCAAGGAUUGAUAUCAGUCGGAAGUGAUGGAGUCUAUAUGGGAGUGGAUUCCAAAACGAUAUUGAAUCCUAGUGGACCGGGAAGAAAUAGCGUAAGAAUUGAAAGUAAAAAGAGUUGGACUCAUGGACUUUUCAUCGCGGAUUUGUCUCAUAUGCCUGGUGGUGCCUGUGGUUCAUGGCCAGCAAUGUGGACUGUGGGGUAUAAUUGGCCAUACAAUGGUGAAAUCGACAUCAUUGAGGGUGUGAAUAGCCAGAACCACAAUCUCAUGUCUUUACACUCUGGACCAACAUGCUCAGUCGCUGGCUCGGGACAAACUGGUACUCUUCAAAGCGCCAAUUGCAACAACUUCGCCAAUCCUGUCGGCGUCGGUUGCGGAAUCAGUGAUACACGUACCAACAGCUAUGGAAGAGGAUUCAAUCUCAAUGGCGGUGGUAUCUAUGCCAUGGAAUGGACCUCGUCCCAUAUCCGCGUCUACUUCUUCCCAGCUGGGACAGCACCCGCAGAUAUCAAUGGUCCCAAUCCCGAUCCAAGUAAAUGGGGAACUCCAGUUUCAAAUUUCGAAGGUGAUUGCGAUAUCGAUACCCAUUUCAAAGAGAAUAGAUUGAUUUUCGAUACGACUUUCUGUGGAGAUUGGGCAAGUGCCGUUUGGUCGAGUGAUGCUACUUGUGCACCAAAAGCGGCAACUUGUGUGGAUUAUGUGGCAGGUAAACCAGAGGCUUUUGGUGAUCAAUACUGGUUAGUCAAAUCAGUCAAGAUAUAUCAACUUGGAAACGUUGCCAGCCCUAUACCUUCCAACACACCAGUCGCAGGACCAUCACGUUCUCCCAGCGCUAUAGUACCGCAAGCUUCCCCUGCCCGUCCACAGCAAUCGCAGAAUGCUCCAGCUGUUACCCCUCUAACACCAAUCAACACUCCAGUCGCACAACCACCCUCUCAACCAAUCGGUAACAAUAACCCUAUCGCAGGUGAUGACUCCAUUAUCAAUCACAUCUCCGAUUUCGUCGGAAGCAUCGGAGACUUCGGUGACGAAGGUAAUUGCAGCCCCCCUCCACGUCCCGAGCCCACCUAUGACCCCGAAUACCCCAAUUGUGGCACCGGUGGUAGAUGUCCGCUAACUCCGGCCUUCACCUGUGCAGGAAACCCCAACAAUGAUCUCACAAACCUAAUCCCCACACCUCCCGCCCUCCCCAGCGUCACCCCCGCUUUCGAACUCCUCGGGAUCGGAUCUGGCGGCAUUCCUGAUUUCGAUCUCGAUAUCAAUGCAGAGAAUUAUCUCAAUGCCGCAAAAGAUGAACUGAAGGGACAGCUUCAGGGACUCGCUAAACAGGCCGUUGCGUGGACGGGAGAUGAUGAUGAGGAUAUGUCUUCGGAGACGGGAAAACCGUCACGGGUGAUCUUGGCGAAACCGUUUUAUCCUGAUGAGGCGGGGAAUGGAAAUGAGACGGCGGGAUCGGUGGCUAGUCCUACGUCGGUGUUGAACUUGGGGGAUAAGGGUAAUAUUGUUGCUUUUGAGGGGGGUGCGGCGGAAGUGGUUAGUGGAGGGUUGUUGAUUUGGGGUGCGGUUGUUGUUAUUGGGGGUGUGGUUAUGAUGUAGAGAUUAUGAUGAUAAUGGUUAUGGUUAUGGCUACGGUUAUUUGAAGAUUAUUAGAUCAUGAAUGUUCAAUGUUCAUGUUGUAUAAUGGAGUUUUAGCUCAUAGAAAAGUUGAUUUCAUUCAUUUAGUUAACCUUUUUGGUAUCUUUUUCGAAUUAUAUUUCGCA